AUGGGGCCUUCACGUACUACCCAAGCUGCGGUCAUAUUGUCAGCAUUCGUCCUGCCCAUCCUCACUUAUCUGUAUUUCACCAAGAGCCAGCAGUCGAAGAAGAAAGCUGGGCCUCUACCCCCGCCGACAGAAAUUACCUCGCUCUUCAUACACCCAAUCAAGUCAUGUCAUGGGGUAUCAGUACAGUCGGCAAAGCUCUUGCCUACAGGUCUCGAUCUCGAUCGUCAAUGGAUGUGGGUGAGCUAUCCAGAAUACGAAUUCCUCACUAUCCGCCAAAACUCCAAAAUGACCUUGAUCCGGCCUACCUACGAUGAGUCGACUGAUACUCUGACCGUCACCGCACCAGCACCAAACUCGAUAGAUGAGAAGCUUGAGUUUUCUAUCCCAGCCCAUCCGUCAAAGGAGUGGCUUGAUGAGAGCACUGAAGACCAUUCAGCAAAGAUUUGGAGUACGACGACGGGAACUCGCGUCUACUCUCCCGAGCUGACUGCUCCCUUUAAUGCCUUCUUCGACAGGGAAGUACGACUCGUAUAUAAGCCGCCCGUAUCUGACGAUCCUCGACCACUCGUCUCGAAUGGAGCACCAGCUGUCCUGGGAAGAGACGCAUCGACGUGUUUCCCAGAUCUAAUGCCUAUUCUAGUCGGCAACAAGAGUAGUAUCGAUGAACUCAACACGCGUAUCAAAGCAGCCGCAGACCAUACUAUUGAUGUCCGCCGCUUCCGACCUAAUAUUGUUGUCAAAGGCGAAAGCAAUGUACCGUGGGAUGAAGAUCGCUGGAAGACCAUCAAGAUUACACCAACGUCUGGCGAGAAACCCAUCGUCCUGGACAUUACCCAGCGGUGCGCACGCUGUCAGGUGCCGAAUGUUGACCCCGACACAGCUGAGAAGCACAAAACGCAGCCAUGGGAUAUCUUGAUGAAGUACCGGAGGAUUGACGAGGGCAUCACGUAUAAGCCCUGCUAUGGCAUGUUGGCUGUGCCAAGGACGGUGGGAGAAGUAAGGGUGGGAAUGAAGUUUGAGGUGACGGAAGUAACUGCUGAGCAUCGAUACAUUGCUGGUUUCUAG